CCGGGCAGGCCCGUCCCGCCCCCCGGCCCGAGCGUGCGAUCGCCCGGCUUGGCGGCGCUGCCGGCUCCCCGGGUCCGCCCCCGAAGACGUGGAGCGGCGCGGCGGCGCAAGUUUGUCCACGAUGAAAGUGACCUUAUCAGCCCUGGAUACCUCGGAGAGUUCUUUUACACCUUUGGUAGUCAUAGAACUUGCUCAGGAUGUCAAAGAAGAAACCAAAGAAUGGCUGAAGAACAGAAUUAUUUCCAAAAAGAAGGAUGGAGGUGCUCAGCUGCUGUUUAGGCCCUUGUUAAAUAAGUAUGAAAAAGAAACACUGGAAAAUCAGAACUUGUAUCUCGUGGGUGCCUCCAGGAUUAGGCUGUUGCUGGGGGCAGAAGCCGUGGGGCUGGUGAAAGAGUGUAAUGAUGACGCCAUGCGAGCCUUCACGUACGGAACGCGGCAGAACUUCAAAGGUUUCCACGAAAACAAUGAUGAUUUCCUCACAAUGGCAGAAUGUCAGUUCAUUAUCAAGCACGAACUUGAAAAUCUGAGAGCUAAAGAUGAAACAAUGAUCCCUGGUUACCCCCAGGCAAAGUUGUACCCAGGAAAAUCACUGUUGAGAAGACUGCUCACAUCUGGCAUCGUGGUGCAAGUGUUCCCGCUGCACGACAGCGAAGCCCUGAAGAAGCUCGAGGACGCCUGGUACACCCGCUUGGCUCUGAAGUAUCAGCCCAUAGACAGCAUCCGUGGCUACUUUGGAGAAACAAUCGCACUGUACUUUGGGUUUUUGGAAUAUUUCACUUUUGCCUUGAUCCCCAUGGCGGUCAUCGGGUUGCCUUACUACCUGUUUGUGUGGGAAGACUAUGACAAAUACGUCAUCUUCGCCUCCUUCAACCUGAUCUGGUCCACCGUGAUCCUGGAGGUGUGGAAGCGUGGCUGCGCCAACAUGACCUACAGGUGGGGCACUCUGGUCAUGAAGAGGCAGUUUGAGGAGCCCCGGCCGGGAUUCCACGGGGUCCUGGGUGUCAACUCCGUCACGGGCAGGGAGGAGCCCCUCUACUCCAGCUACAAGAGACAGUUGCGCAUUUACCUGGUCUCCCUGCCGUUCGUCUGCGUCUGUCUCUAUUUCUCCCUGUACGUCAUGAUGAUUUACUUCGACAUGGAGACCUGGGCCUUGGCUCUGCACGACAGCAGCGAGUCGGAGUGGACCAGCAUCUUGCUGUACGUGCCCAGCAUCAUCUAUGCCAUCGUAAUCGAGAUCAUGAACCGCCUCUACCGCUACGCUGCCGAGUUCUUGACUUCCUGGGAGAAUCACAGAUUGGAGUCUGCCUACCAGAAUCAUCUGGUUCUGAAAGUCCUGGUGUUCAACUUUCUCAAUUGCUUCGCUUCGCUCUUCUACAUCGCCUUUGUCCUGAAGGAUAUGAAGCUUUUGCGCCAGAGUUUGGCCACGCUCCUGAUCACCUCUCAGAUCCUCAACCAGAUCGUGGAAUCGCUUCUCCCUUACUGGCUGCAAAGGAAGCACGGCGUGCGGGUGAGGAGGAAGGUGCAGGCUCUCAAGGCAGACGUCGAUACCACCCUCUAUGCUCAAGUCAUCCUGGAAAAAGAAAUGGGAACUUACUUGGGCACCUUCGACGAUUACUUGGAGCUGUUUCUGCAGUUUGGCUACGUGAGCCUUUUCUCCUGCGUCUACCCAUUAGCAGCUGCCUUUGCUGUGUUAAAUAACUUCACGGAAGUCAAUUCAGAUGCCUUAAAGAUGUGCAGGGUCUUCAAACGUCCCUUCGCAGAACCUUCGGCCAAUAUCGGCGUAUGGCAGUUGGCUUUUGAGACCAUGAGUGUUAUCUCUGUGGUCACUAACUGUGCUCUGAUUGGAAUGUCGCCGCAAGUGAACGCCCUCUUCCCGGAGUCAAAGACAGAGCUCAUUCUGACUGUGGUGGCAGUGGAGCAUGCACUCCUGGCUUUGAAGUUCAUCCUCGCGUUUGCCAUACCUGAUAAGCCCCGGCAUAUCCAGAUGAAACUGGCCAGGCUGGAAUUCGAGUCGUUGGAGGCGCUCAAGCAGCAGCAAAUGAAGCUCGUGGCCGAGAACCUGAAGGAGGAACCCCGGGAAGCUGGGAAGGAGAAGCCGAGCUGAGCGCAGGCCGCCCCGUCCGCCCCAGGCCUCUGCCUGGGGUCAGCUGGUGCCUGUGAGGGCGGGGUGGUCCCCAGGACAGCGUGGAGGCCAAGUGUGGCUGCCACGUCCUGGCUCAGGGCGGGUAGAAGAAGGCAGUCAUGCCCCCCCCACUACCCCACCCCACGCACCCCUCUCCUGCCACGUCACUUUGUCCAAAGCCACUGCUGGGUCAGGGUCACCAGCUCUUCACGUUGUCCUCAAAGAAGGUGAUGGCCGCUCCCAACCCUACCACAGCCCAGGGAUUGAGGCAAGGUGGUGCCUAUGUACCAUGCCCAUCACAGGAGCCAUGGGGGCGGGGGGCCUGCCGACCCUGCGCCAAGAGUGACCGAGGUGUCCCCCCGCGGCUCGGCCUCGGCGCGUUCUGUCCUGCAAUGUGUUAACAGACUCCUCACCAACACAAAUGCUGGUGGCUGAGCUAUUAAAGCCUGUGCCUCUCUGA